GUCGGUAGUCCCUUGCUGAUCGCCUCACCGUUGCGGUGACAUUCGACACGGAAGAGCCGCCUGGAUAGUCGUUCUUGUAGCGAGUCAAGCGCGGGUCUUCGUAUGCUCGCCCGACAUACAAGUCAUCGUACCGCGUCCUUCGUCUCCCUCCAUUUUCUGGCGCCGCGUCUGCUAUGCAGGCAGAACUCAACCUCCUCCGGGCCAUCAGGCUCAAGUCGAGCACGCGGUAACCGUGGCUCUACUCGCCCCGUAGCAUCAUCAUCGGCGUCCGCACUGGACCCUGCGAAGCUCAUCGGUCAACUCGACAAGCAACUGCAAAAGUUCCAUGCUCUACCGCUCGAUGGUCUCACCCCUAACGAAGUCCAAGUAUUUAACGAAGCUAUCAUGGCGUUGAGGCAGGCCGUGAAAACGGCAGACACGCGCACAGCAUGCCACAUCUGGAGAAUGCUGAAGGACCGCCACAUGCUGCGCUUCUUCGGGCCUGUCCACUACAACCUGUUCUCCAGGUUCGUGGAGGUCGUCUGCACGAAGAGGAAAGAAUUUGCGGCAUGGUCGGAGCAGGAGAAGAAGGCACUGCCGGAGUUUGCGGUGUUCGCUGCGGUGGGCGGGGCGACGGAAGGGCUCAAGCAAUGCAUGCUCGUACAUAUCCGGGAGAACAAUCCACAGGCCGUCAUCGAGCUGUUUGAACAAUACUGGGCGUCGCUGGAGACGAAGGCACCGUUGUCGGAAACGGGCCAGGCGGACAGCCAAGAUCCUAUGCAGGCAGACGGCGAGCAGGCAGAUGCUUCUGCUACGAAUACUUCAUUGAACCCGGCCGCGAACCUCGUUCGCGGUGAUGUCCUGCUUGCAGCUUUCACUGCCUUUGCCAUGCAGAAUUCUUUGGUCGGUGCCUUGCAGAUGGCCCUGCGGACAACCGUCCGUGUACCACCCAGCGUGAUUGCUCCCUGGCUGCAAUGUCUUCCCGAUUCACAGCUGGGCGAACGAGUCGAGCAGUUCGUACGCCGCUUGGAUGUAGCGAAGCUGCUCGCUCACCCUUCCGCUCUCACGAGGCAUCUGUCCAACCUCACGAGAGACCAAGCGGCAGGAACCCUCCAAAAUUUCUACCGCCGCGUUAUGGACGGCUUAACGGGGCCGAGUCGAUGGCUGGCCGUCUCGCAAACCCAGAAAGAUGCAGACAAGCUAGUCGUCGUUCCGGGAUUUACGUGGCAGUCCUUCAUCACGGCGUUCAUGCACUGUCGCCGCACGGAUCUCGCACAGAAUGUAUGGAACGACGUAAUCAAACUGGGCAUCCGACCUACCGUGACGAUGUGGACGGCUCUCAUCGAAGGGUACGCGGAACUCAAGGCGCCGGACGACGCUCUGGGUACAUGGGACGUCAUGCUGUCGCAGGGCAUCAAGCCGGACGCGUUGGCUUACCGUGCGCUUAUCUAUGCCCUGUACCAUUCCAAAAGGAUUGACGAAGCCGUGAAUCGUUUCGAGGAAUUCCAGGGGGUGCGGGCGAAGAUGUCCCCGCAGCCCGAGGAGGCGACCGUGUUGGUUGUGUACAACGCAAUGUUGCACGGUCUGCUGUUCUACAAUCGGGAAGAGCAGGCUCGCGCGCUGCUUGGGAAGAUGCAGUCCGAGGGCCCCAAGCCGGAUAUUGUGACCCACAACACCUUCCUCCGUUGGUAUGCGCGAAAGGAUCAGCUGAAGUCAUUCGCCGAGACAUUACAGAUGCUUGAACCUUCCGGGUUGAAGGGGGAUGUAUACACCUACUCCAUCGUCCUGUCUGCGCUGAUGAAGGUCCGGGACGACGCGCCUCAAAUCAUGCUCAAUCUCAUGCAGAGACAUGGUGUUCGGCCGAAUACUGCGACUAUGACCUCGAUCAUCGACCAGCAGAUGGGGACACGAACCGAAGUUGGCCUCCGCUCGGCGUUGGAUCUCUUGGGAAGAAUGGAGAGAGGUGAUAUCGAGGGCGCGGAACCGAAUGAGGUGACCUACACUGCCAUUUUAACGGCCAUUCACCGCAGCGACUGGCUUGAUCGCAAGGUGGUCGACGAAUACCGGCAGACGAUUUGGGACCGCAUGGAAACUCGGGGUAUCAGACCGAAAAGGACAACAUACAAUAUUCUCAUUAAGGCGUGUUUCGACAACCCCGACCCAGAGGGCGUGCAGCAAGCUAUGCAGUACUAUCGGGACAUGACGAGGAACGGGGCAUUCAUGGCCAACGAUACGUGGUGGAUCCUAUUGCAUGGCUUGCAGCGCCGGAAGGAGUGGGCGGUGGCGAACGAGCUUGUAGAGGAUAUGCGGCGGAGGCAAUUUGUACCGUCGGGAGCCCUUGCAGAGUUGAUACAGGUAGUUAGGAAGCGGACUGGCGAGAAGAGAAGGGCUGGGCCGGCCAGCUACUUCUGAUUCGCAACGCACAGGGUGUCACGACGCAUUGACUGGGCUGAGGUCGCCCAAAAAGAAGGACUUGCCGAGUCCCACUCUGAUGUACCUGGCAUACGCUGUGGCCGGUAUGAGCCCAUGAGUCGGGUGACAUGCACGACGGCAGUACGCACCCCAGAAGCUCCACUUCCUGCCCAACCAGCGGCCGAAUAUUGGCAUGAGGACGACGGAGAAGAGCUGCUGGAGCUGGCCAAGGCUCUCGCGCCACUCCUGCUCUGCGAGCUCGUCGUCGUCUGCGGCGUAGGAGGUGUCUGAGGCGACGGAGACGCUGUCGAGGGAGUCGACGGAGCGAGACAUGGCGUGCGGAGGAUGGAGGCGAGGAUCCGGGGAGCAGGGCGUCAUCGGAGGCGCGGGCAGCCUGCAGAGGAGCCGAGGACCGGCCGGGAUCAGCCACGCGC